AUGAAUAUAGCCUCUUACAAUGUUAGAGGUUUGGGGAAGGGAGUAAAAUGGGCUGCCAUAAGGAGAUUAAUCAACAAAGAAAAUAUUCAAAUGCUAUGUCUGCAGGAGACUAAGAAAGAUAUCAUUGAUAGAACAUUAUGCCAGGCUAUAUGGGGUAGUGAUGAAGUUAAGUGGGAGAUGCAACCUGCAAUCAAUUCAGCUGGUGGCAUCUUAUGCAUGUGGACUGAAUCAGUUUUCAAGUUACAAAACAAGGUCAUUGGAAAUGGUUUCAUUCUCUUGGAAGGAGUUUGCAACAGAGAAGACAUGAAAAUCGGCAUUGUGACAGUAUACUCUCCCUGUGAUAUAAAUAACAAGAGACUAUUGUGGGAUUCUGUGAAACAGCUGAAACAAGCCUCUCAAGUAAGACUAUGGUGUGUGCUUGGGGAUUUUAAUUGCAUAAGGAACCCGAAUGAAAGAAUUGGAAAAUCAGACAGAUUAGUGGGUGAUAAUAGUAUGCAAGAAUUCAAUGAAUGGAUUGAAGAUAUGGAGUUAUUGGAGGUUCCUAAUGUGGGCAGACAAUACACUUGGUUUAGGCCAAAUGGUGAAUCUAAAAGCAGAUUAGACAGGGCAUUAAUAUCCCCUGAAUGGAGGGACACGUGGCCAGAAAGUGUGCAGUUCACUUUAGCAAGAAAUUUUUCAGAUCAUUGCCCUAUUCUUAUUAAAGCUAAUAAUGUGGAUUGGGGUCCUAAACCUUUUAGGAUUCUAAAUUGCUGGCUAACAGAUAAGUCUUUCAAAGAUGUAGUCAAUCAUUGCUGGUAUUCUGUCCAAGUUGUAGGAUGGGGAGCUUAUGUAUUAAAAGAAAAAAAUCAAAAGGCUGAAGGGCAGAUUAAAGAUAUGGAACAAGGAAGAAUAUGGGGAUACUUUUAA